AUGAAGGACACGGCGGCCGGGGCGGGCGGCACGGCGGCCGGGCGGGCGGCACCUCCGGGGGCGGGCGGCACGGCGGCCGGGGCGGGCAGCUCGCCGUGCGGGUGGUGCGGCCGCGGCGGGGGCGGGGGCGGGAGCGACGGCCGGUGCGGGGGCCGACGGCCGGCACGAGGUGAUGCCCCGCACGCCGCCGCUCGCGCCGACGGCGGCGACGUGCGGGUGGGCGGCCGGUGCGGGGGUGGGGGGCGGGAGCGACGGGCGCCGGGGCGGGCGGCGGGCCGGGGCGGGCGGCGGGGCGGGCGGCGCGGCCACGGCGGCGGGGCGGGCGGCGCGGCCACGGGCGGCGGGGCGGGCGGCGCGGCCACGGGCGGCACGGGCGGGGCGGGGGAGGCGUCCAUGGCGGCGGCGGCCGGUGCGCGGGAGGAGGCCGGGGCGGGAGGAGGCCGGGCGGAGGCGGGGCCGGGGCGGAGGAGGCGGGGCCGGGGCGGAGGAGGGGCGAGGCGGAGGCGGGGCGGAGGAGGGGCGGGAAGGAGGCGGGGCGGAGGAGGGGCGGGCGGAGGCGGGGCGGAGGAGGGGCGGGAGGAGGCCGGGGCGGGAGGAGGGGCGGGAGGAGGUGAGGCCGGGGCGGAGGAGGCGGGGCGGGGGGCGGAGGAGGCCGGCCGCGGCGGGGGCGGGGGCGGAGGAGGGCCGGCCGCGGCGGGGCAGGGCCGGCGGCGGAGGAGGCGGGCCGCGGCGGGGCGGGCCGGCGGCGGCGGCGGCGGGAUCGGGGGAGGGAGGAAGAGGGAGGAAGAGGGAGCUGAAAUGUCCCUCCCGCGCGUGUACGAGGCGUUCCCAGGUCGGGGACGGGUUGGAUUGCCCAACCCUCGUUUCUACAGGCCAAGAAGGGAUUCCCAGGUCCGACCUGGGAAUUUUUUUACAGUUUUACAGUUUUAG